UGAGCUACACUGACGUAUAGAGGACGUCUCCCGUAGUAAUGUGCCCACAGUGCUGGCUAGUGGAAGGGACUCCGAAUUCUGUUGUCGGUGACACAAAUCCAUCUGUGGUUGGAAACGGACUGGACGACGCAUUAUUGAGGCGGCGAGCCACUGAUAGAGCGUUUACAUGCUAAAUAUGUGGAAAGUCAGGGAAAUGGUGGAUAAAGCCACUAACGUGGUGAUGAACUACUCUGAGAUCGAGUCCAAGGUGCGAGAGGUCACCAACGAUGACCCCUGGGGUCCCUCUGGACAGCUCAUGGGAGAGAUCGCCAAGUCGACGUUCAUGUACGAGCAGUUCCCUGAGGUCAUGAACAUGCUGUGGACCAGAAUGCUGAAGGACAAUAAGAAGAACUGGAGAAGAGUUUACAAGGCCUUACUACUAUUGGCAUAUCUCAUCAGGAACGGAUCGGAGCGAGUUGUCACCAGCGCGAGGGAACACAUCUACGACCUUCGCUCCUUAGAAAACUACCAUUUUGUUGAUGAGAAUGGGAAGGACCAGGGCGUCAACGUGCGUCAGAAGGUGAAGGAGAUGGUGGAGUUUGUUCAGGAUGACGACCGGCUCCGGGAGGAGAGGAAGAAGGCCAAGAAAAACAAGGACAAGUACAUCGGCGUGUCCUCAGACGGCACUGGAGGAGGAGGAGGAUUCAACAAGACCAGCUCGGGGGAAAUGUUUGACUCUGAGCCCAAGGGGAAGUGGGAUGAGGACUGGGACAAGAGCAAAGGAGCCUUCCCCUUCAGUGAGAAGCUGGGAGAAAUCAGCGACAAGAUCGGCAGCACCAUCGACGACACUAUCAACAAGUUCCGCAAGAAUGAGAGGGAUGACUCGCCCGACAGAACCAGUGGCAACGAGGAGGACAGGGUAUCGCGGAACGGCCGGCCGGUGUCGGGGUCAGAGAAGCUGUCGGAGUUCAGAGAUGAGGAGGAGACUGUUACAACCACGAGCAUCCAGAUCAGCCAUGCAACGGAGACUACCACCACACGCAAACGGGCCGGCAUCCGCUCCAAAACCGUGGACCUGGGGGCCGCUGCACACUACACGGGGGAAAGGGGCAGGCUGGACGCAGACAACGUAAAGACGUCUGUUAGCCAGUCUUCAAGCUGUGGCCUUGCAGACCUUCUUAUGGUGGACUCUGAGUCCAGUCAGACUGCACCAGCAGGUGGCAGUUCAGACCUCCUCUGUGGUUUUGCUGACUUCUCCUCCCCAGCUGCCUCAGCCAGUCUCCCUUCAUCAGCCGGGCCAGGCUCCAGUGGGAAGGGUCAGUUUGGGGAUUGGAAUGCGUUCUCCAGUCCACCGGCCCCCACCCCACCCUCAGCUGACUUAUUUGACCUGAUUGGCUCCAAUCACACCUCCCUCAGCGCCUCCCAAAGCAUGACCUUCUCCAUGUGUGGUACCCAGAGUGUGGGUGUCGCCAACCACCGGCCUGCCCUAACCACCGGCCUGCCCAUCUCCAGAUCACAGAACUUUGGACCAAUGCAAGGGGGCUUAUUGCCCCAGCACAUGGAGCUCCAGAAGCCCUGCCUCCCCUCCACAUGGUCAGACCCCAGCGUCAACAUUAGCCUGGACUUCCUGUCUCCUGGUAUGCAGAUGACCACCUGCAAGCCCAGCCUCAACAACAUGUUACGACAAGAUCCCCUGCUUUCAGGAGUCCAGCCGCCCAUCAACCUGACUCAGAGUUUUGGAGGUCUGAAUCUGAACAUCCAGGCCACACCCAUCAGACUUUCCACCAACCCCAUGAUGCCCGCCAGUGCCAUGGGCCUAGGCAUGCCUCCCACCAUGGCAACGGGUACCAUGGGGAUGGGCGCCAUGCGAAUGGGAGGAGUGCCUGUCAAUCAGGGAAUUAUGGGAGUGAACAUGGUUGUGGCCCCCGCAGGCACCCUGGGUAUGCCAGGGAUGGGCGUAGGGCAGCCCAUGGUCAACCCUGCCAUGGUCAACCCCGCCAUGGUCAACCCUGCCAUGGUCAACGCUGCCAUGGUGCAAACCAAACAAGAUGCCUUCGCCAACUUCGGCAACUUCGGGAAAUGAGCGAGCUGAAGGAUUUCUGUGGAAGAGUUCUGUUCAGAAUACACCAUUAUGAACGGAAAGCUGCGUACACGGACUACUUGAGAAAUAUCUAAUGGUGUUACCCUUCAAUCCCUUCUCUUUAUAUACACUGAGUGUACAAAACAUUAGGAACACCUUCCUAAUAUUGACUUGCACUCCCUUUUGCCCUCAGAACAGCCUCAGUUCAUCGGGGCAUGGACUCUACAAGGUGUGGAAAGCGUUCCACAGGGGAUGCUGGUCCAUGUUGACUCUAAUGCUUCCCCACAGUUGUGUCAAGUUGGCUGGAUGUCCUUUGGGUGGUGGAUCAUUCUUGAUACACACGGGAAACUGUUGAGCAUGAAAAAUACCCAGCAGCGUUGCAGUUCUUGCCACAAACCAGUGCGUCUGGCACAAACUACUAUGCCCUGUUCACUUAACACCCUAUGAAUGGCACACUGACACAAUCCAUGUCUCAAGACAUCCUUCUUUAACCCGUCUCCUCCCCUUCAUCUAUCUGAUGGAAGUGGAUUUAAGUGACAUCAUUAAGGGAAUAUAGUUUUCACCUGGAUUCAGCUGGUCAGUCUGUCAUGGAAAGAGCAGGUGUCCUUCAUGUUUUGCACACUCAGAGAGAGUGUGUGUGUAAUCAAGAGUUUGAAUUAGUUUUGGGCGGGAAGGGCUUAACAUGUUGUAUAUGGUUGAAAGCAUAUACAUGAUACUUUCUUGGUGUUUCUACCAACACCAGAUAAAUACUUCAGAAAACAUGUUAAGGGUGUUACUGUGUCCCUUUUCUACUCUCAUGUUGUCAUGUCUCUGUUUUCAAACAUGUCAGAAGAGUGUUCAGGAAUUACCUCACAUUGACCAUACUUCAUGCCGGGACUCAGAACAGGAAUGGCAAAAUAUGUAAAUAUAUUUUGGGUGUGCAAAACAAAAAGUAUUAUUGCGCUAUUAAAGAUGUCUUGGAAAGUA